UGAUGGCAAAGGCUGCACAGUAGAUUUCAAGAGCACCAUCAUCAUUAUGACCUCAAAUUUAGGAUCAAAGCACUUCGCAGCAGGAAUGGCUGGAGAAAAGACAAUACAACAGGUUUGGAAACGCUUCAAGCCUGAGCUUCUUAACAGGCUGAGUGAGAUUGUGAUAUUUGAGCCGCUUUCACAAGACAAACUGAAGGCGAUCGUGGAAAUCCAGAUGAAGGGCGUUGCUGCCAGAGUAGCUAAUAAGGGCAUCUCUCUACAUGCGAGUGAUGCUGCUUUGGAUGUCAUCUUCUCGGAAUCAUACGAACCAAUGUAUGGUGCAAGGCCUAUUAGGAGGUGGGUGCAAAAGAAUGUGAUGACUGCGAUCUCUGAGAUGCUAGUCAAAGGAGAAGCUGGCGAAGGCUCAACGAUCUCUAUUGAUGCCACCGAUGAUAAGAAGGGACUCAAAUAUGAAGUGGUGACGAAGGUGGCAGAUCCACCUGGCAACCUCUCCGUGCCGGCACUAGUGCCUCCUCUAGGUGACUCCGCCGAAGGACAACGGUGAUCCGGCCAUGAUCACUUCCCUAGCAAAGUGCUAGCAACUAACUGAUACUGACAAGUUUAUUGUGCAGUCGUGGUGUCUUGACCAUUUUGAACAUAGCAGAUUAUUGUGCAGUUGUGGUGUCUUGACCAUUUUGAACAGGUAGCAGUUGGGUAUUUCUAACCGAUCCCCUAUAACCGGUUAGUGAAGUAUAUCUAGUUUUUUACUUCACUAACCGGCACCUAGUCGACCCCCCAUCCAGCCUAACGGAGUAAACUUUUACUCCUUUUCCUAAAAAUCCCUAUAUUUACUUCA